AUGUUCUCUCAGUUCGUUACCGCUGCCAAGGGUCUGUUUACGCGACAGGAGUCUGAAGACACGGCCGCAGAUCCUGCUGGCACCGACGCCGCAACCACAUCCAGAAUGGUGACCGCCACGAGACAACGGGCAGCCAAGCCCGAGCAUGAAUCCAAGGUCAGCGGGGUUGCAAAAGGAGGCAAGCGCAAGGCGCAGGCUGCUGCUACGGAAAAGACCGAAGACAAGCAGAGCAAGCGGAGGAAGCGGGAUAGCUUGGAAGCCGCGGAAGCAACCACCGACGACGAUGUUGCGAUCGAUACCCUGGAGCAGACCAACGGUGAGACUAAGAGUUCGCACUCAAAAAAGCAUGAACCCAAGGGCCAUUUCCGCUUCGACAGCGAAGAGCCUUCUGUACCAAAGGUGCCUCUGCCCCAGCCAGCUCCACAAGUCUCCAACGACGACGACGAGGACGAUAGCGACGAUGAUGCUCCGGAGACCAUCGACAACUCAGCCCAGCUUUUGAAGAUUAAGGAGCAGGCCAAGCGACAAGAAAAACUCAAGCAACAAGAGGAACAAGCGAAGAGAGAGAAGCGGAGGAAACUAGACGAACGCCGCAAGGUCCAAGCCAAGUCUUCUAAAAUCAAGGAAAUUGCAGCUCCAAGUGAAGACCUGCACUCCGAAAGCACAACUACCCUCCAAGGCUCGACCACACAAGACGCGCGGCGCCGUACCCUCCCCGCUUUGCUCCCGGAUGAUAUCCUCAAUGCCGAACCUAUGGAUAGGGCCCCGACACCACCAGCUGAGGAUUCAUCCGCAGCGCCGAAAAAGUCGAACAAGUUGAGAUUUUUGGACAGGACGGAGAAAGCCCCCAAGGAUAUGCAAGUAGGCGAUGUUACGAUCCGAGUCUUGGACGCGCCAUCAACGAAGUCUCAGUCCAAACCCGCACUGGCGCCAAAGGCUUCCAAGGCUGGACGAAAUGUGAAGGAUAACUGGCUAAAGAGAGAGCGGAGUACAGCAAAAGUCAACGGGCUGCGGAGAACCACGGGUGGUUCCUCGGGGUUCGUGCGGCGAUGA